AUGGAUUCUCCAGAUAAAAAUACGAAGCUUCUUGAAGACCUUAAUGAUCAGAAGAUAUGGGAAUACGCUCCGGCUAUUGCAUACUCCGCAUCUGUGAUGAUACUAGGAAUCUUUGGAAAUAUCUUCUCCAUUGUAUACUACGGAUUUAAAUCCCCUAAAACUACUACCAAUAACUUGAUAACGGCUUUGGCCAUAACUGAUUCUGUUACGUGUAUCGUUUUCUGUGAUGAAAUAAUUGAAUUGUGUUUUACAAUCACCUUUAAGAAUGUCAUCGGAUGUAAGUUGAUGUAUUUUACAAAUCACUCAUUGGUGGUAGGGUCUUCAUUCAUUUUGGCUUUGAUAUGUGUAGACCGAUUCCGAAAGAUCUGCCGUCGGCAAUCGUGGCAGUUGACUGUAACAACAGCAAGAAUAUGCAUUGGAGUAUUGUCAUUUCUGGCGUUUCUCCUGUCGAUUAGGGAUUUUGUUAUUUUAGACGUUGUGCAGGUAAACCUUACUCUUCCUAUGCUGAACAGAUCGAUAACUGGUUACUACUGCACACACACAAGGGAAAGGGAUAGGAAAACGAUCGUAACUGCAUUUCAGUUGCUCGAUUUAUCAACAUUCAUUAUUGUACUUUCAACAGUGACUGUCUUGUACUCAUUUGUGGCCAGAGAGCUUUGGAUUCAAAGGAAACGGAAAGAAAGUCACAUGCUCUCGGUACAAGUCAAGUCAAGCGUUCCUGAAUCUGAAUCAGCUGAUGUAAAAUGUUUUCCUAAUGUAUUAAUAGACAAAACCAUUUCCUCUGCUCAAGAUAAAAUUGCUGACUCAAAUUAUUCACAUUCAGACACGAACGCUGACAUUAAGAUACCACAAUUAGUUUCCAGCACAUUAUCAGAAAGGAAAGAGAUAUACAACAUUGCAAUAUUUGAAACCUAUAACAAAUCAUGCGAGGCCACAAAUAGAACAGAAAAUAUCAAAGAGCACAAGGAACGUAAUUCAAAAAGAAAACAUGCUUAUGCAAUCGAAAGAAAGAUAGCAGUUAUGAUGAUUGUUAUUACAGCGGCAAGUUUUUUAAGUUUUGUACCUUACUUUAUUGUGAGCCUUGGAUUGAAACGAAAAUCAAACACACCCGAGCAAGAAUUCAGUGUCGGUGUACAGAUUGCAUUACGGUCGUUCAUGCUUAACAAUGCUGUAAAUCCUUACAUCAUGGGGUUAUUCAACACACAGUUUAGGUGCUUUGUAAAAGAUAGCCUUAGUAAAUGUCAGUGUUUAAGGAAGUAG